CUGUGGAAGUUAAGAUAUUUUAAGAAACAGUGCUUUGACACAACCCUGUUUUUCAGAUGUGCUCCGCCCAAAUGGCCCUCGCCAUUUUGAUUGGCAUUGCCACCAUUGAAACUGUGACUGGUUUUAGUAACGGUAUGGUUGACAAGUCCUGUGGCACAAUGUUGCCCCUACAUGGUUCUCCCACACCUGAGAGUGGUCCGUUUAGUGUCCUAAAACAUUUCUGUUCCAGUGCUGCAGGAGAUGAGACUAUAGUGUCACUCCAAGCUGAUCCUGCCACUCCGUUUAAAGGGUUUCUGUUGGAGGCUAGGGAAUCACAGGAUGGACCUGCUGUUGGCACCUUCACUCUGCUCACUCCCGCUCAUAGCCACCUUCUUGAGUGCAAUGGCAAUCCAGCAGCUGCUGUUACUCAACCCAACAACCAAGCCAAGACAUUCAUUGAAGCCAAGUGGAGAGCACCAUACAAUGGACUUUUCUAUUUCAGAGUCACAUUUAUUAAAAACAUGAUGAAGUUCUGGAUACCAGAGACCAUUAACAUCACCACCUGUCCUACUACUACUACUACCCCUAUUACUACUACGACUAUCACUACCACUACUACUACUAUCACUACUCCUGCUAUCACUACUCCUACUAUCACUACUCCUGCACUGCACACAUCUGCACCCUCUACGUGUAUGCUUAUUAGCACUCUCAUUCGGCCUUCACUCUUGGUAAUGAGUCUUCCAAAAGGCCAGACACUUUGGCAUAAGGGGUUCAAGAUUUUGUUGUGUCCUCUCUCAAUGGUUGUAGCCAUCAUUGCCUUUAUUAUUUUGCUGCUAUGGGAGCCAAUACAAAUAACUCUUGUGGCUGUUGUGGGUGUGGCAAUGGUCCUGAGCUUGGGACAAACGAUUGUUGUUUUUCUACCCUUUGGGCCCAGCCAUGAACUGAGGUCCAUCUGUGAUUUGGUUCUCAGAGUGAUUGCCUUCACAACGGAGGUUUUUACCAUGGUGGCCAUAUUUGUGGGUCUGGAGGAAAUUGAGAAGUGCUGCUCGAUACACUGGCGCAUGAAAGUGAUGAGAGGGUAUACAGCCUGGGUGGCUCUGUUCUACUUGAUGUUCAUAUACCUCUGUUACCAGAGGAAAAGAAUUGGUGACAAAUGGAUUGUGCCAAAGAGAAUGAUACUUUUUGAAAAAAUCCUCAAUGUUAUCCUUGUUCUGGGCAAAUUGGGUUUUACAGUGGCUCUUAUCACUGGAAUAUACACUUAAUAUACACUAUUUGCAUUGUGUGCCU